GCCGGGAAUCCCCGCCGCCGCCGCCGCCUCUUAUCGCUGCGCGCGCCGCGCCACGGGCCAGAGCGGCAGAGACAGCGACACGCGAGCCCCGCGCCCCGCGCCUAGCCAUGAUGCCCGGCCGCACCUGCCGCAAGGCUGCGCCGCAGCCCUCAGAGCGGGAAGCAGUGAGAGAGUGCGCGCUGCAGCUGCGCCGGAUAGGAGACCAAUGGCACCUGCACCAGAAGAUUUUGAGUCUCAUUGCAAAACUUUUCCGCCCUGGAACGUGAAAGCUGCCCAGGAUGAUGGCAAGGAGAAGCAGCAGGAAGAAACCCAAAGAUUUGGAAGAAUUCGUCUUUAGAAAGCUGGAAGAAGAAACUUCAAUGAGACCAGGGAGAUUAAGCUCUGUGUAUUGUUUGUUGCUGCCUGCGGAAAGGCCGCUGACUUCUCCGGAGAGCUCUGCAGAAGCAGUGGCCAAUAUGGGGGGAAAGGAAAAAAAAAAAAAUCGCAUAUUACAGUUGCCGUUACUGAAGCGAGCGGUGCCUGGAAAUGGCCAAGACACGCUUGUGUUUUCAUCAGUGUUUCCUGAUUUCUUGUGUUGCUGCUGGCUACGCUGUAUCCUGCAGCCAUGGUCUGUUGCUGAGCUUGUGUCACCUCAAGCAAGAAGCAGGACGCUAGUGACUUCUAUUCAUCAGACUGGGCUGUACAGUGAAGAACCAGUUCCUCGGCUCUUGACUACCCAUUUUCUAACAAGUAAAAUUUGUGCACAAAUCUGGUGUUGGGACUGUUUCUUUUUUUUUUGGCUGAAGUACGUAUACGUUCCCACUGAAUUGUUACUUGUUAUAAUAUAUUGCUUGAAUGACUAAAUUUGUAAUUCUGUUAUUAUUAUUGUUGCUGUUAUCAUAGUCUGCUGUACGGUUGGUGUGCAUGUUCGAGGUACAUCCCCACGGCUAUGGAAUGAGUGUUCUGUGAAUUUUAACAGCAUGAUUUUUUGCCUGGCCGUGCAGAAGAGGGCUGUUUAAAUCAUUCUGUAAAGAAUGCGUUAAAAUAGGUCCAAGAUAGUACAUGCUUCAGAGCACAAUGACAUGCUUUGCUCAGACAGUAAAUAGGCACCUUAUAUUUAGUGUAUCACUGAAUAAGAAAGUGAAUGUUUAAGUGUGUAUUAGUAAAAAUGAGAUUAUGGAUGUAUGUUUGGUGGAAGGAUUCCUUCACAGGAGGGAUACUUGAGCAGAAUAAGCUGUGAUUGUAUUAUUUAUUUAAAAUAUAUAUGUUUACUCUCAACUUGGAAAGAAAGUUGAAACCAAAACAAUAAUUUUUUCUGGAAAAUAACUUUUUUCCCAAAGAAAAAAACUACCUCUAAGAGAAAUUGUCUAUGCAAAUGAAUGAUAAUGAUAUAGGAGUUACACAGUAGCCGGUUUGGGCUUCUAAGCAGCUUUGAUUGAAGAUAAAGUAGAAGGAAAAACUCAGCUUUUAUUCACUAGCACCCUCAUUUCUCUUCUUUAGUGAUGGAGGGGCUGUCAUUUUUUCCUCAGACAUGGGACUGUAUUACUAAGGUGCUUGUCUGAAAAAAAACCCAAAACUUUACUAUGUUCACCUCAGUGGAAUGUUUUGUUUUGCACUUUUGGAAAUUAGGAAGUAACUUUUCUUUUCUGUUUAAAUGUUAUGAUCCAAAAUACAUUCAUAUAGGAUAUUUGGAAAAUGCUCAUAAUGCACAAAAUAUUGGAGACUGCCUGGAUUUGACAUUCAGAGAUGUCAAAGUGUCUGCUCUUGGCUGAAGGGAGCAGUACGAAGAAAAGGAACUAGAAUUCACUGUCUUGCUUCCCCUAUUCUGCUCAGCUUCUGAUGCGAAUGACACUUGUGCUGUGCAUCCUUUGAUUGCCAGAUCCGGGAAUUCACUACUCACAUCUAGCUCAGGCUGCCUUGGCUCUCACAUGCAAGUAACUCCUCUCUAAAUCACUGAUGAGUUUGACCCAUGAUUGUUCAUGAAAGUUUGUUUUUGUGAAGUUUUCCAUUACAAACUCUUUCUAGUCUAGUACAUCAGGGCCAACUCAACUCUCCAGUGAUCCAAUUUACUCAUCUAAUAGCAUUUUUUUAGAUCCUAAAGCUUUAAUUCCUGGUAGGCUAGUUUUUAGCUUUCAGAAUAACUGAAUUCAAAAGAAAAACUGCCGUUGAAGCUCUAGAUUCACAUUAAGGGGUUCAGUCUUUGGUAAAACUCCAGCAAAGUCCACAAUUGUUAUGCCCGACUGGGAAUUUCAAGAAAUUUAGCAUUAGAAUUAAUAGGUCAAAUACUCUGAGAUUGUAUUUAGCAUAUAGUUACAUGACAUACCGAACAAUCUUUCAAAUGGUCUCUAUCAAUACCUUCAGGUAUUAAAGAGGAGGAAAAGUGUAUAAAGCUAUGGGAACUGAUUUUGGAUAUGUUAUGGGAAUUUGUCAGCUAGGAGAACGCACUUAUUUCUUACUUAACUUUGUAAUGACGGGUUAUUUCUCAUGAAAUGCUGCCAUGUUUACUUGCUGACGGUUUAGUUGUUAUAUGGUUUACAGUGAGCUCAGGACAAUUAGUUCAAAUAAGUAAUCUCUGUAUGAGAUCUAUAUAUUCCCUACACGGAGUCCUUGUGUUAUUUUUGCUGAUGUUGUGUCCUACAACUGCAUCCACAUGAGAUUGAUUUUUCUCAAGUCAUGCUGUGAGUUAGCAAGAUGUCUUAUUGUCUGACUCUCAGAUAUUAUGUCUACCAACUUCUUGCAAGGCUAAUAAAUUUGAUGUAUUUAUAACGC